AUGGAUAGUAAAACAGAGUCUCUAAAUAUCGAGUUACACGAUGAGAAAGAGGUGGAAUUGAUUCUCAAAACUUUUCCUAACCUCAAAUACUUGAAUGGUCAUCCAGUGAACCCAGAAGAUUUCAUUGAUGAGCCAAGUAAUGAAGAAAUUGAUCAAGAAGAUCAAGAACUCUCUAAAUCAAUAGAGAAUAUUCAUCAGAUUAAGGAAGAAGACGAUGAAGAUGAGCCCGAGGGGCCUAUUCAAGCUAACAAGACUCAAGAGCAAGAUACACAAAAGAUUAAUGUUCCUUCAAGUCAUUCAGCUCCUUCUUCUGAAAGUCAAGAGUCUUCUGAUAUGGAAGAAAUAAAUCUAAGACCUAAAGACUUAGAAUCAAUUGCUCUUAUUUUUGAUAAAAUAAGAAACCUGCAUCGUAAAAACAAAUUUAGCAACGAUAGAGAAAUGGCUAGUCAGUUUGACUCUCACUUGAAAUCAUGAAUGCAAAAGCUCUCUGAUGUUAUUCUCUCUGACUGCACUAUAAGCAAAAAGAAUAAUGCAAUUCUAAAAACAAAAUUUGAUCUUGUCCAAAUAUGUUACACAAAGGCUUGCCAAUAUUUAGAGAAGAAAGAUAAGAACAUUGGAAAAGUAUACUCUCAUAUAUACCAAAUUCAUUCAGAAAUUAUUAAUGACUACUCUUCCCUGUUUGAUAAAUACGAUCAAAAAUAAAGCAGAGAACCAACAGCUACAAGCGACCAUCCAAGAUUUAAAACGAAAUUUAGAAAAAGCUAAUAUGGAAAAAGCAGCUGUCCUUGACAUUGGGGAAAACAUGGAAAAGCAAGUGCAAGAGAAGCUAGAGCAGACCAAGAAAAUGGAGGAGAGUUAUAAGACAAAGCUUAAGGAAAUGCAAGACAAGAUGGAAGACAUGGAGAAAGAAAACCAGCACCUGUUUGAUAAAUUAGUAACACAUGCAAAGGACAGAGCUGAUAAAAUAUUGGAUAAAGGCACUCUGAAGAAAACUAAUAAUGAAGAAAUACAAAAUAAAGUUGAUACUUUUAAGCUACUAAAUGUGGGUUCAGCAAAGAGGAAUGAGCAGAUUGGGCAAACUAAUAUUAGGAGUAUGACUCUAAAGCAGUUAAAAGACACUAUUAAUGAAAUCUAUGAAAGUAAAGAAAAGCACGAUGAAAAAUGAAGAAGAACUAGACUUCCUCUUGAGACAAUGGAACAGUUUAUGUUUACGCAUCUCAAUCAAAAAUAUGGGCUCAAGAAUCUGAUCAUAGAAUGGGCUGCAAGUAUUGUGAAUGGUGUCAAAAUGUACAUGAAGGAGGAUUUUGAUGUUGCUCUCUUUGCAAAACUUUUAAAAAAUGAAGUAGAAGAAGACUUCAGAUACAUUCAGGAUAAAAUCAAAGCGACUGUCUCAAAGGUUCUUAAAAAGCAUCUUCGUGAAAAGUACAAGCACAAAGGAGAACAAGAGAUCUCAGAGAUUCAAGAAAAUAUGGAGCGAGGCUUUAUUCCAGGCACUGUAUGAAACUACAUUCUUGAUUAUAUCUACGAACCUGCCGAUAAGAAGAGAAUAAUUCUAAUGCUGGACGAUAGAAAGAAGCUUCAACUUAAGUUUGAAAAUUUGUAUUGAAACAGGGGAAGAAAUGUAACUCCUCCAAAAUAUACAAAUGCAUUGACUAAUUUCACAGCAUCUCCAAAUAGUGUGAAGGGAAAGGAUUUGACUCCUAACAAAUCGAGGUCGAGAGUAAGGCUUCUCUAUCAAGAUGAAGGAUCUAACGGGAGAAGAGAUGAAAGAUUUAUAAAAGGAAAUCAAGACAAGGACGACAGUAGGGCAUAUUUUAAAGACCUUCUUUAUUGAAUAUGUGAUUUUCAAAUGAUCCAGCACGAAAAGUAUCUGUUCAGAUUUGUCUCUCUUUUCAAAGAAGCAGAUUCCAAUAAAGAUGGUAUAAUUAAUGAACAUCAAUUUAAGUAUUUGAUUAAUGAAAUGAAGAUAAUCCCUCAGUCUAUUGCUAGCGAUGAAGACAGGUUUGAUGAGGAAGUUGAGAGAUUACUGAUGAUGAUUGACCCUCAUAAAACACAACAAAUAACAUUUUCAGAGUUAGUAACAUUCUUGACUUUGACUGAGUUCAAUGAAAUAUCUGAAAAUAAGAGUUUGCACAUGCAGAAAGUUAAAGAAAAAGGAGGAGAGGAUAAUGAAGAAAGUCAGAACAUAUCUCUGACUCUGCUUGAUAAAAUAAAUAAAAGCUCUCAAUAA